UUCUGGUGCGUGCUGGCGGAAGGUGUCUGCCCCGGUCGCGUAGCGACGCGGCAGCUUGAGUCAGAUCGGUGUUGUCAGAGCGGCGAGCGGGACGGUCGUCGCUCGCACUCUCUCUCUCUCUCUCUCUUCCUGUCCCUACAAUGCGCCUCCGGUGAGGAUGGGUGUCCCGUGGAGUGCCGGACUCGAGCCUAGCGACCGCACAAUGCCACUGCUCGUCCUGCUCACAGCUCUGGCGCUGCUGUCCGGCUCGGCAGCUGGAAACUGUUCCAAAGCACUUGACUGUGCAAUAAAACGAAGAGAAUCUUGCGCACCUGGAUUGAAGGGUUGUGGGUCGUGUCUCCCUGAGUUUAUUGAAGAUGAGAAAGGAAAUUGUGUACAGAAGCACUCUGUACAGCAAGGAAAACACCAUGGAGCCCCAGAUAUUGAUGGUGAUAUUGAUUACAUAGCAUCGAUCCUAGCUAAAAAAGUUGAUAGUUCACAUACGCUACAGCUAGAUGCAGUAGAUGACAGGAUGCAAGCUACUAAACUACAAGAUGAAUCAAGAGCAGGUCGCGCAGACAUACCAUCCAAUAAAGAUAAGUCCAUUUUGACCACACAAACACCGCAAAAAAAACCUACUGAAGUGUCAGCAGUGAAGAGUGACCCAAAGAAAGCCCCUGUUCCUGUCGCUGAUGCUAUCCUGCUCACUCUAAUCAUCACAUGCACAGUGGCAGGUAUUUCAGGAUUAAUCAUCGCUGGUAUCUACUGGUACAGGUUACAGAAAGAGGUGAAGUUAACUCAGAAAGUAGAUUAUGUAGGCUACGGCAAAGCUGGACCCACUGCCCAAACUGAGAAAUCCCUGAAUGGGGACAAUAAACUGGCACAGAGUGCGCAGAUGUACCAUUACCAACACCAGAAGCAGCAAAUGUUAUCAAUGGAAAAAAAUAAAGAUGAAUCCAAAGUAGCAGAUUCAGCUACAGAAUCUGAAGGAGAAAAUGAAGAUGGUGAUUUCACCGUAUACGAGUGCCCAGGACUGGCUCCAACAGGAGAGAUGGAGGUCAAGAAUCCACUUUUUGAUGAUUCCUCUCUACAUCAUCCACCAACCAGUAGCUAGAUCUUCUGCUAUUUCUCUGGACUGUACACUUCAAGAAGGGAGAAUUAACUAUAUCACAAGAGAUCGUUCAACUGUGCACCAAAGGACUGUUUGCAUCUCCAUUGAUCUCACUCCUGUUUCUGACUGCUGGGGGGAAUUCAGCCCAAUCCUAACCCCCAUCCAGGUGGUAUAGUAAAUUCUGUAUUGGUUGCUGUCUCCUUAACUUAAGUCCUGUGCUGCUGCCUCAAAAAAAAACACACACACACACGCUCGCUUUAUACUUGAGCUGAUUUGCUAGGCAGUUUAUGAGAGGUUCUUUGAUCCCUAGAAUCUUCUUGCUUCUGCAAGGCAUGUUGUGUUUGAUGGACUGGGGAAUGAUGGAAGGAACCAUAUUAAGGAAAAGUUCCUUGACCAUUAUUCCUGCUCAAUGCCUUCAAUGCAGUAAGUUCUGAAUGGAACUCGCCUGUAACAGACAAACUGGCACAUAGUUGCCAAUUUAGCAGUCCAGCCCAGUCCAGGUGAAGGGUCUCAACCUGAAAUGUCAACUGAUUAUUUCCCUUCGCAGAUGCUGUCUGACUUGCUGGGUUCCUCUAGAGUCUUGUUUGUUGCAGACGGUUUAGCAGCAUUUUCCCUCAUUCUCCUAUUUGGGGAGCACUGUGAUGACAUUCUCAAUUUGAUCAGAAAGUAAUGAGUGAAAGUGCGGGAGAGGUACAAAUGGGUUGGUGUGGGGUUUAUUGUGCCUCAUUUGUGUAAUGUUUAGGUGGUUGUAAAAGCAUUUCACAGGAUUAUUAAAGGGGACAAAUAGGUAUUUAAUUAUUUUAAACUGCAAUCUGGCAGAACUGUUCACUGAAGUAACAGUCUAUAUGUUCGGAUGCUAUUAAUUGUCUAUUGCAGUAACCUGUCAAUAAAUUUCUAUUCCAUCAGAAUGUGGUGUGUUAUCAGCCAUCCCUAAUUUUGAAUAAAGUCUUUGAAUGAGGCAGUUAUCAACACCCACACAGAUUAACAAUAAUUUCUAUCAAGGUUUUCUAAAUUCUUCUUCUCAUUAGUAAUUAACAAAAAAGGCUUUUUUUGGGGAAUAUAAAGUUGGGGUGUAUUUACUGAGGGUUGCUGAAAUAGGGAACCCAGGCGCAACACAAAGACACCCCUGCCUCCUCAACUUGUGUUCAUAAAUAUUGACCAGGAGCUGAAGGCCAAUUCUUUACUGCCUCCAAAGCAGAAACUUACUGCAACACAGCUAUAGUUUGCCACCCUUCCAUUUUCCCCAUUCCUAAAACUCCUCAUUAUUAAAGUGCAACGUUUCCUUUACAUUGUCUGUCUUACUUUUCCCACCACUUCCCCGCUAAAACACAAAAAAGAUCAGCAGGUGCUGUUCCUGCUGUCCAUAAGGAAUUUGUACAUUUUCCCUGUGAUUGACUGGACUUCCUCCAAGUGCUUCAGUUACCUCCCACAUUCCUAACAUGUAAUUGGGCAUCACAGGCUCAUUGGGCCAGAAGAGCCUGUUAACUUGCUGCAUUUCGAAAUAAAUAAAUUGAAGAGAAUUAUUUUGAAUGUUUGAACAUGAGCUGACAGUGAACAUAAAUGCUGAUUGGUUCCUUGUUUGAUGAAAAUAAUGGAGCUCCAUUGUUCACCUUAUAACAACUAGUGAAAAUCAGAUUUGUUCAUCAACAGUAAUGGUCAUACUUGCAGGUGAACUGCAGAGCUGAUACAUGAGCAUCUAAGAUAGAAAAGCUGUCAAUAUUAUAGUUGUAGGGCCCAUAUCUGGUAGAGCAUGAACUUGUACAGUACAGGAGGAGGCUAUUCUGUCCCUUCAUACCUGUGUCUGUUCUUUUAAAUAGCUACAUUGUUAGUUCUUUCCCCUUGAUGCUGCAAAUUUCCAAGUUCAAAUCGGAACACAGUAGCUUAUAAAAUUCAAUCAAGCUGGUAGCUUGUGAGGUAAAAGCAGAGAAAGGAAUGGCUGCUAUAAAAAUUCUGCUAACCACUUCUACCUGCUCUUUCUUACAUUUCAGUCCUGUCUGCCAUGCACAAUAUCCUUUGAAGUAGCCUGGCAAACCACAUGUUUGGGCAAUAAAUAUAAUCCUGCAAGCAUUGAAGGAAUUAGUAUUUUUUUAAAAAAUUGACCAGCCUCUAGACUAUGGGCAAGAAAUCAGUUUGCAAACUAAUUUGUAUUUAUUGAAAACAGUUUUAUUGAGGCUGUAGAGAGUUGCCUUUCCCUUCUAAAAAUGUCGCUCUCCUAGCAGAAUUUUUAUACCUGGAAUUUCAGUAUCCCUGAAAUAAGUGCACAUUGUAUCUCUGUUGUGCAACAUUUAAAGUAGAUGUUUGUUUCUCAAAAUGGGAAAUGAUAACUUUGUUUAGUAGCCAUAAAAUUUCUUUGGUAUGAUGAAGUUGUGUGAAUGUAAUAUAACAGAAUGUAUAUGCAGGGGCAAUCUUAACUAAAACAAUGAAGGAAAUGUCUACAUUGUGUAAAUUGAUUGGAACAAAUUCUAGUCAAAAUAAUUAUGAAGUAAUUUACUUUGAAGUUUAUAGAUACAGAUACCUAGUUAAAUCUAGAUGAAAUUUUGCUUACAGGCCAACUGGGGAAGUUUUAUUAUGCCUUUAUUUUAAAGAGUUUUAAAGAAAAAUAAUUCAUAUGCUCCAAUUUAUAGCUGAGGGUUUAAUAAUAUAUGAUAUGACAGUGGGUUAAUUUGGGGAUAUUUUAUGUAAAGCAUACAUUAUUGAGAGCACAUUGAUCUCACUAUUUCAGUCCAAGUUCUAACCCACAGGUAAUUAUAAGAGUCAACUGCGGUCCAAAUUAAGAAAUCGGUUUAUGCCUGAAAUGACAGCUUAACUGGUGUCAACAGGUGACUAAAACUCAGCAACUGUUGGGCAACCACUUCUGUUCUGUAAAAUUAAAACAAUAUUGAACUGCACAGCUGAUAUAUCAGCAUCUAAGAUAGAAAUGAUGUCAACAUUAUAGUUGUAGGGCCCAUAUCUGACAGUGCAUGAACUCGUACAGUACAGGAGGAGGCUGUUCUGCCCCUUCAUUCUUGUGUCUGCUCUUUUAAAUAGCUACUUCAUUAAUUCUAUUCCCCUGCUGCUGCAGAUUUCCCCAAAUACUUAAAUGUAAUUAAUCUUCAUGUUAAUUUUCAGAUGGUGUUGACACAUUUGAAUGUAAUUACAUUAAAAAAUCUGCUGGUUAAAGUUCUUGGUCAGGAAAUCUCUAAUGCACGAAUCAGCACCUUUUAUGUCUUUAUGUAGUUUUUUAAAAAUACUUGAAGCACUAAGCAUAGAGAAAGCAGCAGCUUUGGUUUCCAGAAUCAUUACCGUGAGGGUUAGAAUCUAUUAACAGUUAAGCAAAACGGUGACUUACAGAAACAGUAAUAAUUACAUAAGCUUCAAAACUAUCUGGACACUACUGCUUUCCAUGUGAAAGGUUAAUUGUAAGCCAGCUCCUUUAAUUUCAAUGCUGAUGUUUAAACUGUUAAGAUCACACUUUCCAUCUCAUUGUAACUUGUGUGCAGAAAUAUGCUUUCAGUUUAAAAUAAGUAUGCAAUCUAAUGUGCUGGCUGAUGUUAAUAUUUCAUUUUUGGAGGAGGCUUGUUUUGUAGGUGGUUACGUGCGAAAUGCUUUAAGUUGUGAACUACACAGCACAUUGCGUAGACUGAAGUGCAUCCAAAGUUCAGGUGGGUGAUGUUUGCAUUAGGUGAAUGCUUUGGAUCGGAUAUUCAGUACUCUCCCUCUUGGUUUCUUUUUUCAUUAUGUGAUUAGCCACAGGGAUUGUGGUGACCUCUAACAUUCCAGUGUUCUGGUCUGGACAUGUCUUGUGCAUUCAUGCAUUUAAUACCUGUUGAAGUUUAUUUUUGUUGUAUCUUUGACAGUAUCAUUUGUUUCUUCCAAACUAGUCCCUGUGUUUUCAAAUAUCUGUUCUUGCAUAUUGUAUAUUGUAUUUUUCUGUGAAAAUAAAUUGAUUUGAUGAAAUGCUGUUAA